CAGUCAAAUUUUCGCGCCAAACAGCUGAUCCAUAACCUCAAACGCGUAUUUGAUCUCCGGAACCUCUCUGUGGUUUCUGUAUCUAUCUCGGAUUCCCAGCAACGAUUCCCAGAGCCCUGUCAGCCAUGCCCAGUGACACAAGUAGCAGCAAUUCAGAGGGAACUCCAAUUCGCCGGUCUCAGAGACCCCGAAGACCAAAUAAAAAGUACUUUCCCGAUGGGACUUCCUCAGAAACCGAUCGCUCGGGGUAUUCCAAGGAAUCAAUUGUUGAGGACUGUGACAUCUCGGUGUUGUGUCUGGAAUCCCCGGAGCAUGCAGUCAAGGCUAGUGAGCUCUUUGACGAAGAAGAGGAUGUGGCAGGAGGCAACAUUUACACCUUCAAGACGCCAAAAAAGAGGAAUGCUCUGUCCCUGAUGGCAGCUAGUGCUGUAGGAUCUCCCAGGACACCCAAAUCCUCAAACACAGAUGCACCCAAGACCCCAGGAACGGGCAGAAGGAGUACCAUAGGAAAAGAGACACAGCUGGGAAAGACACCGCAGCAUAUUCGAGCGAAAGUGAAGAAACGUCUAAACAGGAUCAUCGAGAGCUCGUCGGAGUAUUCGGAAAGUGAAGAAUCCUCUGAGGAAACUAGCUCAGAAUCGAGUAGUUUGGAAUCAGAGGAAGAGAACGAGCCAAAGACUCCCAAAAGAAGGAUGGUCAGGAAAGUUGCUCCAACCCUUACAGCUCCUAUUACUCCAUCUACCCGGAGACGCAAUCUCAGACCAAAGGCUGAAGCUCAGUACUGCCUCAAGAGUGACAAUUACUUCAGCAGUCACUCAGCCAAAGGGAAAUCUCUUACAUCUGACCACACUCUGGAACGUUUGAAGACUCCACGGCUUCCUCAUGCUGAGAUGACGAAGCUCUUGAGGGCUGUGGAGCUUCCGGAGGAACAUGAGAAUGCCAUUAGAGAGCUUCAGAAUGACUACAAAACCUUCUUUAGGAAGUGGCUGUUUAUCCUCAGUGAGGGAUUCAAUCUUCUGCUGUAUGGAUUGGGAUCCAAGAGGAACCUCAUGAAUGAAUUCCAUCGGGAUGUGCUUCAGGAUCAGCAGGUUCUUGUUGUCAAUGGAUUUUUUCCUAGUUUGACAGUUAAGGAUAUUCUAAGCAGUAUUUGCGAGAUUCUGGAACUUGAUUCCCUUCCCAGUUGUCCUCAUGAGGCUGUUCAGGUGAUUGAGAAGGAGAUGGUGGAGAUUGAGGAGGGACAUCUCUUCCUCAUUGUCCACAAUCUCGAAGGAGCGAUGCUGAGAAAUGGCAAAGCUCAGAGUGUUCUAAGCCAGUUGGCUAAGAUUCCAAAGAUUCAUCUUAUCGCCUCGAUAGACCAUAUUAACACGGCUCUGCUGUGGGAUCACUCCAAACUGAGCAAUUACAACUUUACUUGGUGGGAUGUCACCUCAAUGCUUCCCUAUGCUGAAGAAACGGCUUUUGAGAACUCCCUGAUGAUCCAAAACUCCGGAGCUCUGGCCCUGUCUUCGCUGAAGAGUGUCUUUCAGUCCCUGACCACCAAUGCCAAGGGUGUCUUCAUGCUGAUUGUCAAGAAGCAGCUGGAAAAUCGCGGGAAUUCCAACUAUCCGGGAAUGCAGUUCAAAGAUCUCUACAGUUCCAGUCGUGAGGCUUUCCUUGUGAGUUCCGAUCUGGCGCUCAGGGCUCAACUGACGGAGUUGCUGGAUCACAAAGUGGUGAAGAUGAAGCAGGGCAUCGAUGGAGGAGAGUAUCUCAGUAUUCCCAUUGAGGGAAGUCUGUUGCAGCAGUUUCAGCAAGAAAAUCAAAUUUGAAUUUGACUGUCAAGCUUUUGGGGAAGAUUAAACGUCACUUCCGGGUGGGCUGAUUCUUUUUUGUUUACUCCGUCAUUUGCCGGACAAUCUUCAGUAAAAUACAAUCUUUGCGUGAAA